UCUAUUGUCGCCCAAGUCUGGCAUGUCACCUCAGUACGUACCGCACAGCGACGGGCAGAGGUUACGCAAUGGCCUGCACGAAAACAGCCCGGCUAGCCACAAUCUUCCUGUUCCUGGUCCUGUUGGGCUGGGUGGCUGGUGGCGUCCUGGAGUCUGCAAGGGGAGAGAGGAGGUCGCCCCAUGUGGAUCACGCUAGGAAGCCAGCAAAGAACGGCACCCUCGGGAACAUCAUCGAUGCCCCACUCCGCCCCUGCCCACCUGGACAGCGACGGGAUUGGAGAGGCAACUGCAGGCUGUCUUUCGGGGCCCUCAGCAUCAUGAAUGAGUGAGAUUUAUAAAGGAUUGUGAGCAACCCGUCAUUUGUAUAAUAAAGUGCUAUCAGUAUUUUA